AUGUGCGCCACCCUCAUCAUCACGCCGCUGUUGAGUACCAUCCUUAUACGUCGUCGUUUGCGAUCUGCAACCGGUUACGAGCUGGGUCGAAAAAGAGGAAGUGGUUCGAUUACCAUUACUUUAAACAAGAAAGCCAAACAUGAAGAAGAUGAAGUUUGUGUCGAAGGAGUAAAGACAAUGGCUCAAGUUGGACAUCGCGAUAACCUCCAAGAGAAGUUCAAAGGUGUCGACUUUAAAGAUUUUAGAGGAGACGAAAAGUUUUGUUGA